AUGAGUAAACGUCCUACUCAGACUAAUACUCUUUUUAAUUACUUUACAUCACCGAAAGUACCCAAAAAAGAGGAUAAUAAAGUGACUAAAGUUGAAUCGAAUCCGAAACCCACAACACCUAAACGUGCUACUAAUCCCAAAACAAAAGCUACUGUUAAUGGAAAAGAGAAUAAAGAGGGAUCUAAUACUCCGAAAAGGAAACGACAGGAAAAAGAAAAACCCAAGGUCGAUGAUGAGAGUUUGGAAGAUGUAGACAAGGAUGAAGAGACCCCUAAGAAGACUAAGAGAAGGAGGAUUAUUAUUCCCUCAGAUGAAAGUGGGGACGACUCAGAUGAAUAUAAGCCAGGCGAUGAAGAUGCUGAAGACUCAGAUGCUUCAAUAUCAUCAGGUGUUCCUACAUCUGAAGCAGAUACUACUUUAGACACACAAACUGAAGAUGAACCGACACCUCAAAAAGAACCAAUACCUAAAAGAAAUACUGGUAAAGUUAAAAAAUCAUGGCCAGCCAAGAAGAAAAUUGUUGAUGAUGAUGAAUCGAACAAAUCCUUCCAAAUGCAAAAAGCAGCUUUGCCUUCAGGUCCAGCAUCAGGCAAUGAGAGUUGGCCUCAUUUGAAACUCCCAUUUCUUCAGCCGGAAAAAAUUCGCGAUGCUAAAGAAAGAAGACCAGACCAUCCGGAAUAUGAUCCCAAAACAAUUCAUGUACCGAAAGAUUUUCUUGAUAAGCAAACUCCAGCGAUGCGUCAGUGGUGGAUACUCAAGACUCAACAUUGGGACUGUAUUUUUUUCUUUAAAGUUGGUAAAUUUUAUGAAUUAUAUCAUAUGGAUGCCGUAAUUGCGGUAAAUGCCCUCGGCUUGACUUUUAUGCGAGGUGAAUGGGCUCAUUCAGGGUUUCCUGAAGUGAGCUAUGGGCGUUUUUCAUCAAUGCUCGUCGAAAAAGGUUACAAAGUUGCUCGUAUUGAACAAACGGAAAAUCCGGCAAUGAUGGCAGAGCGUUGUGAAAAAACAAAAACAACUAAAUUUGACAAAGUUGUUAAACGUGAAAUUUGUCAAAUCAGUACUCGAGGCACAAGAGUGGCUACCAUUCAGGACACUGAAAGUUUUUCAGCUCAUUCUAAAUACUUAAUGUCCAUAGUUGAGCAACAAAGCUCAACUCAGCUGUCUACUUACGGAGUUUGUUUCAUCGAUACAAGUAUUGGAAUUUUUUAUCUAGGUCAAUUUGAAGACGAUCGUCAUAAUUCGCGUUUACUUACGAUGUUAUCUCAUUAUACUCCUGUUCACGUGGUUUACGAAAAAGGAAAUCUGUCCCAAGUAACAAUGAAAAUAAUCAAUACUCAAUUGCCAACCACAACAAUGAAAGAAGCCUUAUUAAAAGAUUCACAGUUCUGGUCAGCGACAAAAGUUCUUGAGAAACUUCACGAAGGAGAAUAUUUCAAGUAUGAAUCAUCUGAAUUUUCUUGGCCUGAAAGUCUGAAGCCUUAUUUAAAUGAGCGAGACACUCUUGGUUUGAGCCCAGCAGACGAUAAACAACUGGCAGUUAAUGCUCUGGGUGCUUGCGUUUACAUAUUGACAGACUACAAGCUAGAUCAGCAACUAUUGGCGCAAAAAAAGUUUCAAACUUAUGUUCCUCCAGAUAUGAAUGUUGCUGAUGGGCAAAAUAUUGGACCACUUGCAAAUAUGGUAAUCGAUGCUGUCGCAAUAACUAAUUUGAAUAUUCUUAGAGGAAGUUGCUCUCUUUUAACAAUUUUAGAUCACUGUUGCACAGCUUUUGGGAAAAGAUUACUAAAAGAAUGGAUUUGUCGUCCAGUUUGUCAGAAAAAUUUAAUAAUGAGUCGUCAAGAGGCUAUUACAGAACUUAUUGACCUUUAUCACGUAUGUCAAGACGCUAGAAAAAUUUUGAGUACUCUUCCAGAUCUCGAAAGGUUAUUGAGUAAAAUACAUGCUCACGGAAACGCUGCUAAGUUGAAGAGUCAUCCCGAUGGUCGAGCAUUUAUGUUUGAAAUGGGUACCUACAAUAAAAGAAAAAUCAAUGAUUUUGUAAGCUGUCUUAAAGGUUUUGAUCAAGUACUCAAAAUAAUGAAACUUUUUGAACCUUUUGAAAGUAAUUUGAUAGUCCGAACAACACAAUUGGAGCCUAAUGGAGAAUUUCCUGAUUUAAACGGAACCAUCAGGCAUUUUGAACGUGGAUUUGACGCAGAAGCAGCAUUAGAAAAAGGAUGUAUUAUUCCCAAAAAAGGAAUGGAUAUCGAAUAUGACAAAGUAAUUGCUGAAAUUGAACAGAUAAAAAUUGAUGCCGACGCCUAUUUAAAAACACAAUGCAGAUUUUUUGGGGCUAGUAUUAAGUAUACUGGAACUAAAAAAAAUGCUUAUCAACUUGAGGUACCUGAAAGUCAAGCGAAAAAAAUUACUGAUCGCUAUCAAUUACAAGGCCAAAGGAAAGGUUUCAAACGUUAUUGGACUGAAGAAACUAGAGAACUUCUUAGAAGACAGACUGAAGCUGAAGAAAAGCGUGAAAAAGUGGUAAAAGAUUCCGACAGACGUACUUUUGCUAAAUUCAGCGAGCAUUACGACAUGUGGGCGACGGCUGUUUACAAAGUUGCCGUUCUUGAUGUUUUAAUUUCACUUGCUGAAUACUCAAGAAGUGGUUGUAUGUGCGUUCCGGAAAUAGUUGAUACUAAUGAAAUUAUGUUGGAUAUAAAAGAUGGCAAGCAUCCUUUUAUUACCUCAGACAACUUUGUUCCCAAUGAUACGUCACUUGCAACAAACAAAUAUGGCCCUCUAGUAGUUUUAACUGGGCCCAAUAUGGGUGGUAAAUCAACAAUUAUGCGUCAAGUCGGUUUACUGAGUAUUAUGGCACAUAUAGGCUGCCAUAUACCAGCAGAAAGUUGCAAACUUUCAUUAAUAGAUCGUGUUUUUACUCGACUUGGUGCUAAUGACGAUAUGAUAACUGGAAGAAGUACAUUCCUUGUUGAAUUAAGUGAAGCUGCUGCAUUUGUACAACACGCUACUAAAAAUUCUCUCGUUCUUGUUGAUGAACUUGGUCGAGGUACUUCUACGCACGACGGGACAGCGAUUGCAGCGGCGGUUUUGAAAGCCCUUAUCGAGCUUAAGUGUCGAACAAUUUUUUCUACUCAUUAUCAUGCACUAGUGGAAGAUUUUAAAAAUAAUCCAAAUGUCUCACCCGCUCAUAUGGCUUGUUUAGUUGAGAGUGAAGAGUCUGACGCUACUCAAGAGACUGUUACUUUCUUAUAUAAGUUGAUCGAAGGUGCGUGUCCAAAAUCAUACGGGUUCAAUGCUGCGAGAAUUGCGGGAAUAAAAGCAAACAUAACUAAACGUGCUAACGAACUUGCUAAGGAACUAGAAGAUGCUGGAAACAGGCGGAAUUUAUUUAUCUCAUUAUGUAAUGUUGAGAAUAAUGAUGUAAAAGACAUACUAAAUCAGAUGCAUACAUUGAAGAUAAAAAAUUAA